ACUUGUUCCCUGACCACUACCCUCCCUGUAUACCGCCCGGCUAGCCCACCAUGUCUGAGCGUAAAGUUCUCAACAAGUACUUCCCCCCGGAUUUCGAUCCGUCUCUCAUUCCCCGCAGGAAACAGCCCAAGAACUCACAGCAGGUGGUCCGUUUGAUGGCUCCUUUCUCUAUGCGAUGUAACACCUGCGGAGAGUACAUCUACAAGGGGAAGAAGUUCAAUGCUCGGAAGGAGACGGUAGACGGAGAGGACUACUAUGGGAUCAAGAUCUUCCGCUUUUACAUCAAAUGUACAUUAUGCUCCGCCGAAAUCACGUUCAAGACAGACCCGAAGAACACUGACUACUCGGCCGAGCAUGGUGCAUCGCGGAACUUUGAGCCAUGGAGAGAAGAGAAGGCCGUGGAGGAGGAGGACCGGCUGGCCAAGCUCGAGGAAGAAGAGAACAACCCCAUGAAGGCGCUCGAGAACCGUACGGUGGACUCGAAGCGCGAGAUGGACAUCCUCGAUGCGCUGCAGGAUAUCCGUGCGCGUAAUGCCCGUAACGAGCGGGUAGGACAGUCGGUGGAUCUGGUAGAGAGGCUGGGUGCGGAGGAGAUUGAAACUAUGGAGGAUCGGCGGCGGAAACUCGAGGAGGAGGAAGACGAGAAGCUGGUGCGGGAGGUGUUCCAGAAGAUCCCUGCGGCGGGCCCGUCGUCAGCCAGCGGGUCAUCGGGACAUACAUCUCAGUCGCCGGAGGAGGAGGCACCGACACCAGUGGUAACGCUGAAGCGCAAGGCCGAGGGCGCAGAGCCGGACCUCCACAGUCUGCUGCCUGAAGAGACGCGUGCCCUUCUCUCGGCCAAGGCCUUCGCGCCUGCACCACCAGUGAAGAAGAAGAAGACGAACUUGAUGGGCAUCAAGAUCAACAAGGGCAAGGGUGUUGCCAAACCGAAGCCCGUUGCGGCAUAGGACGUCGGACUUGCAUUGUAGUCUACUGUAGCAUUGUAUUCACUGUCUGUUUACGGGUCAUUGUGUUUUGUUACAUGGGAUCAGUGUGGAUUGAAUGGAGCAUAUAUCGCAAAAUGA